GUAAGCUGUGUGUCUGUCGCUGGCUGAAGCACAGUGGAAUUGCUGCGUGCUGAGUUCCUGACAUUGCCAAAGGAUGUACCAGGGAAUGUGAGCUGCAGUGACACGUCUUUCUGAAAGAUGGAUAUUUCUGUGCAGCAGUCAGUGUUGGUGUAAUGAAGUGAACCUAGCCGUGCUCUGCUCUUCAGCUGUCAUUCCUGUCCCGUCUUCUAACAAAUUUCUCUAGACAUCUCUAUCCAUGAUAUCUCAAACAUUCUUGACUAUGACAUCUCCAUUGGACUUAUGCUUUGAACAUAUUUAAGCCUUUCUGAGGAUAGUGUGUCAAAACAAAAUAUCCAUCUACCUGGGAUUCACAGUAACUUUUAAUUUCAACAUCCUGGAACCUGAAAAGCUUUCUUUGUUUAACUCUCUGCAAGAAACGGCUGUAUAAGGGGAGACCAUGGGAGAUGCCACUAUGGAAACACCUCAUGUUCCAGUAGGAAACCUAAUAGAUCUUGACUCAGAACCUGUGAUUGUGAUCCCAGAAUGCCCAGUUCAGCUUGACACAGACGGGAUCAUGGAUUUGCAUGGCAACCCACCAGAGAGAGAGGUGGAUGUAGAGAGUGAUGCAACAGAGUCAGCAGACAGUGAAAAUGAAAUGGCUGGAUCCCCAAUCCGCCACAGCUGGAACCAUUCACAGAGGUCCUCAUCUGAAUCCUUCUCAUCCAAUCAGAGCACAGAGUCUGCUAGAGAUGAACAGAUGGCAGAACAACGGGAAUUUGUUAGGAAAUAUGUGGAAAAGAUCUUCACUGGCGGGGAAGACAUGGACCAAGAGGAAAAGGCCAGGUUUGGAGAGCUUUGCAGUACAGAAAACGGAAAAGGAAGGGAGUGGUUUGCACGAUUUGUCAGCGCCCAGCGCUGCAACUCCAAGUAUGUCUCAGAACAGACCUUCUACAGGCUGGUCCAGUCCUUUGCUGUCGUGCUGUUUGAGUGUCACCAGAUGGACGACUUUGGUCCUGCCAAGAAUCUGAUGACCAUGUGCUUCACAUAUUAUUACAUUGGUAAACCACAUGUCUCUCCGACUGAAUCAAGGGAGAAGCCUGUGAGCACUGGGAGUAUUGAUGGCUAUCUUAAGUCUGCCAACAGCUGGCUGAAUGAGAAGAAAGACAACGUGGAGCGCCUCCUAAGGACUACAUCAGUUACAACCGAGAACAUGAAGGGCUUCUUUGGGGGUCUGGAGAGCAAGUUGAAGAGCCCUUUGUCUAAGAAAGAGCAAAGUGAUGAUCUGCCGCGGCAGAAGUCUUCAGACACUGUAUCUCUCCAAAGUACAGAUGAGAAGAAAGGGGAGAAGAUUUACCUGUACUCCCACCUGAAGCAGCAACCCAUUUGGCACACUCUGAGAUUCUGGAACGCAGCUUUUUUUGAUGCUGUGCACUGCGAGAGGAGGAAACGAUCACCCACGACCAGAGGAAAGGCUGGAGAGGAAGAGGAGGAGAGAGAUAAGUGGUAUCAUAUGACUCAGGAGGAGCGAGAUGACAGCCUGCAGUUUAAUGAGAACAUAACAUUUGGACAGUUGGGCACGUUCACACACAACAUGCUGGCCUUUGGUUUAAGCAAAAAGCUGUGUAUUGACUUCCUGAAGAAGCAAGCAGUGAUCGGAAACUUGGAUGAAGAAAAAUUCAAGCAGCUAACAGACCACAUUGAUCAAAUGGCUAUAGAAUAAUCAUGUGGGAGUUAUUGCCUUUUGUAUUUUCAGUAUUGAAAUUGAACCGCUUUUACAGCUCACUUUACUCGCAUGAUGUUCUCCUGCCAACCUGUCGUGAAGAGGACACAUACCCAUGUCAAUGACACUGUCAAGGAAAACAGUGCUGUACAGUGUAUAUUUUGCAAGAGAUAGAUUGUAAAGUAAUUUGUCUAUAUAUAUAUAUAUGAAAAACAAAGUAUUUAAUGUGUUGUCAGUGUACUUACUGUAUUUAGGAUGAAAAAAAAAGACAAAUCAGUGUUUGUAGAAGAUAUAUCUGCAUUUCCUUUAUUUAUUUUGUUUAAAGGAAGGCGGGGCUUAAACAUAACCCUUUUUUGGGUCAAGUGAGCAUGUUGCAAAAUGUAUUCCUGCCACAGCUUUUGGUAGAAAUGGUUACAAUUGUCUGUUCUCUUUUGUUUAAUGAAACUUGCGGAUAGUUUACAGAUUAUUUCAUUUUAAGUAUAUUGUAGGCAAUAAGUGGUCCCAAGCCACAUAUAUAUAUUGUUAUAGUGUUGAAAAGUUUAUAUUUAUGGCUUAUGCACAAAUGGUGGUUUACAAACCAUGUAAAAACUAAAAUAUGGAAAGUUCUAUAUAAAAACACAAUACAUAUAUUUAGUAUAUAUUUUUGCAACAUAUAUAACGUCUGGUUUCGGGUAAGCUUACAAGAGGGAAAUGUUUUACCUUUUCAUUACAUAUAAACAAGUAGCUGACUGACUAAAUUAACAGCUAUUUGCAACUUCUAAACCUUUUGUGAUUGAGAGGCUUUCCGUGUUGGUCUUUGAGUUUAAAGCAAUCAGCUCUCAUUUGGAUAAUUUGCAGCUUAGAAUUAAUGGCAGUUUUAUUUAGAUAGCCCCCAUUGAACACUAGAACACUCAUUGUUAAACCUAUAUAUAUAUAGACAGCAACCUCUAUACAUAAUUAGCCCUGCCUGUUACACUGAUAAGACCACCCAUUUUUCACCUUAGUGUUUACAAAAUAUUCCUCCAGUCAGGAUUGAUUUCCUGUCAUGAUAAUCUGCAGAUAAUAUAAAGCCUCAUUUGAAAGAACAAGCUAGAAACUGCAGAGUCAUAACAUGUAAAAUGAAUGGGUUCUUUUAAAUUAGUAUUCUUAUCAAUGAAUCUUAAAGGGCCAUUAUAAAAUUAAAUGCUCUAAUUUGUAACAGUAUGUCAUUUUAUCCCCAAUGAUACUGCAGAAGCUAUGUGUUUGACCCCAGCAAAGGUGUUAAACACAUAGUACCGCUUGGGACUCAUGAUUCUAAUAGAUAUAUUACCUUUGCUGGGGUUAAACACAUAGCUUUGCUGUGCCACUACUGAUAAAGUUGUAUGCUCUAACCAAUUAGAGCAUUUCAUUGUAUCACUGUAAUGGCAAUUUAAUCUACUAGCAAACUAAUUUGGUGUGUAAAAGGUUUCCCAAUAAUCUAUUGUCCAUGAUAGAGAGCUGCACUAUGAACACUAUAAAUAUUGAUGCUGAUGGAUACAAACAUGGUUAUCCAUGAGAGGAAGGGUUGUUAUGCCCUCCACUUUACUUGUACCAGUCUGGAGUUGGAUUCUAGGUGCACAUGGUAAAAUAACUUUUUUUUUUCCUUAGCCCCAUUGUGUCCUAUAGGAAUAUUAUAUUCUUUUUCAAAUUAGGUGUCACAUGAUGCCUUAGAAUACCAUUGUCAUAAUGGAAGUUUCCUAACCUAAUAGACACAAGGUUUAGAGUCCUUUUUGAAUAAACAAAUCCUGAGAACCUUAUUUGUAAGGGGAUAGAGUUAGAGUCCUCUUUCAUAUGAAGAGCAAUCUGAUCACUUAGCUGCCAUAUAUUAAGUGAUAAAAUGGUGAAUACUUAGUCCCAUAUUUAUCAAGGUCUGGCGGACCUGAUCCGACAGUGCGGAUCAGGUCCGCCAGACCUCGCUGAAUACGGAGAGCAAUACGCUCGCUGUAUUCAGCAUUGCACCAGCAGCUCACACGAGCUGCUGGUGCAACUCCGCCCCCUGCAGGCUUGCCAGAAACACGGGGCAUCAAGCUCCAUACUUAGCUUGAUACAUAUGCCCCUUAGUCCUCAGUACACUAAAUUUAGAGUAGUAAAAAAAAAGAGCUGAGAAAAUUGCACCAUCUCCUUUAUCAAAAUAACCCAUACAUAAGACAGCUUGUAAUAACAAAUAAAUGCUCUUUUUUUAUAUAAGUAGACAUAUCCUAUAAUUAUUAUUAUUUAGAUGUCACUUGGCCAAAGUAAAAAUUGCAAUUAUCCAAUUGGAAUUACCAGUUUAAUGCCAACAAUUUCAGAUGCAAAUGGAUCCAAACUAUAAUUCUAUUAAUACCAACGACUUACACAAAAUGGUUUCUUUAUUUACACUAGACAUGAUCAAUAUAAUGGACACUUGUAGCCCGGUUUGUGAUUUCUUCUAUGUUGCUCCAGUGCUGAUGCAUUUUGUAUAAUCUUUAAUAUUUUUCAUAACAUGCUUGGGGCCAAGUUAACUUAUUUAAUGUAAAACAAAAAGGUAUUACGGAGUUGUGUUGUGCAUUACAUUGUACUUGUUAUUCUGUGUCAUUCUUUAUAUCAUACCAGCGAUUAGUUUACAGUUGUAAUGUUCAGUCUGUAGCAUGUGGUCAGUUUGUUUAUGCGUUAUCACCCGUGGGAGAAUGCUUUUGCUCACACACAGUGGUGCAGGCUUAGGUGCUCUUUACUUGCGCCUUCAGCCUAUUCAAGGUUAGACUAGCCAGCAGGAUUGCAAACCAGCAUAUUUGAAUAAAGAAAUGUAAUUGUUCAUUUUUCAUUAUAAUUUUUUUUUUUGUCACCAAUUUAGUAGUGAACACAACAGCAUUAUACAGAUGCACACAACCCAUUAAAUGCUAUAUCAUCAAGUUCCUCGCUGGUUUCUCUAGCAAGUAAUGUAAAGGGACAAGACUGUAAAGCUGCCACUGGUGUGAACUGAUCUGUGUUUAAAACUGAAUCGACUUUGUGGAUGUUAUAAGGGAUUUUUGUUUAUAAUUCCAGUGUAUUGAAUUGUGUACGACUGUGAGGCUGGGAUCAGAUGUGAGGUGAUGCUUGUGCUGGAUGAAAUGUGACAUUAUUUAUGUUGUGAGAAUAGCGAGAGAAUCAUACAUCUGUAUUCCAAGAGUUGAGUAAUUAAACAAUGUGUUAAAUAAAAUAUAUAUAUAUAUAUAUUGUUCAAAA